AUGUAUUUAGGCAAUCGUGGAACGCGUACAUUGUUUAGUAUUGAAGCAUACCAUGGCAAAAUGAUCAAAAAUCAUUCAUUUUAUAAGAAAGAAGAUGAAGUUCUUUUGUUACCUGGUACAUACUUCGAAGUGACUAAUAAUUUCAAUUCUGGUAAUAAUUUACAUAUUAUACAAAUAAAACAGAAACGACCGCCGCAUACUCUACUGGAACGACCAUUUCAAACACAAGAGGCAACUUCAUUUAAAAGUAUUCUGCCAGUUGCAAAGCAGUCACAAGGAAUCCAGUAUGCGGCACCACCAGCCCAGUAUGUGUCACAACCAAAUUACCAAGUUCUCAGAUCGGACGGAGUAAAACAAAUUCUAUUUAGUAAUAUCCCGGGUGCAGGGCGUGGGAGUGGCAAUAUUCCACCAGGAUACGAAGGUCUUGAUUGGGAAGAUUUUCAGUACAUUGAAGAAUCAUAUGCACAAUCGUUCAUGGUUAGUGCAUGGAAAGAUCUAUUCAAAUAUAGCCGAUAUAUUAUACAUAACGUAUCCGGCAAAAAAAAAAUGUAUAUUUGUUCAAGUAAACCAAAUGAAACAUUUACAAUUAAAUCAAUGGAUGCUACAGUUGUUGAUCGCGACAACUCUCAAUGGAUGCUAACUGGCUUGAGAUCCAAUGUCAAACUUUUUACAAAGACUGUCACAUUUCACAACCAUGGGCUGUAUCAAUUAAUUGAUUUGAAUUUUGUUGAUAUUGAUGAAAUGAUCUUUACAACAUUCAAUGGUUACCCAAGCCUUGCUAUUAGUCGCAUCAAUCUACCGAAAUCCAUCUUUGACGAUUUAUGUACAGCUUUGAGGGACCAAGCUCCAUCUUACAAUACGGUUGUAAGAUGGUCAAAAUUAUGUUGUGAAGGUCGGAAAGAAGUUGAAGAUGAACCACGACCUGGUAGACCUGUAACCGAGACAACAUCCGACAAUAUUGAAAAAGUUCGUCACCUUAUUGAUAAUGAUCCUUAUCUUACUAUUGAUGAAAUACAAGU